UUGGCGGCAGCGGCGGUGGUGGCUGCUGCUGCUGCCUGCUUGCCUCCCACCCUCCCUCCCCACGAGGCGCUGGUGUUUGUGUGGAAGGGGGAGGCGGCGUUGGCGGCGUAGAAGGGGAAGGCAGGGGAGCGAGCGCAGCCCCGCGGGCGUCGGGCAGAGGCGCGGAGCCGCCGAGGCGGAGGAGGCCCACAGCUGCCGGGGGCUGCCCCUCCACCCACCGCCAUGGCCUCGGGAGAUACCCUCUACAUCGCCACGGACGGCUCGGAGAUGCCGGCCGAGAUCGUGGAGCUGCACGAGAUCGAGGUGGAGACCAUCCCGGUGGAGACCAUCGAGACCACCGUGGUGGGCGGCGAGGAGGACGACGAGGAGGAGGAGGAGGACGACGACGACGACGAGUGCUGCGAGGACUGCGGCCCUCACCACCCGCCCCACCGCCGCCGCCACCACCACCAUCACCACCACCACCACCACCCGCCCAUGAUCGCCCUCCAGCCGCUCGUCACCGACGGCGACCCCAGCGGCGGCGGGCCCGGCGGCGGCGGCCAGCCCCACCCGCCCCACAUUCAGGUUGCUCUAUUCAUUUCAGAUGACAAAAAAGACAUUGACCACGAGACUGUGGUCGAAGAGCAAAUCAUCGGAGAGAACUCGCCGCCGGACUACUCGGAGUACAUGACCGGAAAGAAGCUCCCACCCGGAGGAAUCCCAGGCAUUGAUCUUUCAGACCCCAAACAGCUGGCUGAAUUUGCAAGAAUGAAACCAAGAAAAAUAAAAGAAGAUGAUGCUCCAAGAACGAUAGCGUGUCCUCACAAAGGCUGCACAAAGAUGUUCAGGGAUAACUCUGCCAUGAGGAAGCAUCUGCACACUCACGGGCCACGAGUACACGUUUGCGCUGAAUGCGGCAAAGCCUUUGUGGAGAGCUCAAAACUAAAGCGGCAUCAGCUAGUUCAUACUGGAGAGAAACCCUUUCAGUGCACGUUCGAAGGAUGUGGCAAACGCUUUUCACUGGACUUCAAUUUACGCACACAUGUGCGAAUUCAUACUGGAGACAGGCCCUAUGUGUGCCCUUUUGAUGGCUGCAAUAAGAAGUUUGCUCAGUCAACUAACCUGAAAUCUCACAUCUUAACACAUGCUAAGGCCAAAAAUAACCAGUGAAACUGCAAGAAGAAAGGUCUUGAACUCAAAAGCAUCUUACCUUACAGGAGAAUGAUUGGGAAUAAAUAAGCCUCCCCUUUAUAUAUUGUUUCUAGGAAAGAAUUUAAAAAGAAAAAAAACCCUACAUGCCUAAAGGACUUGUUUUUGAUAAAGUAGCAAAAAUAAACUUUAAGACUUUUUUGCUACGAUGCUCGAUUUUGCUCUGUAAUUGGUUUCGAGAGCAUGGUGUUUUUGUAAAGCGUGGCCCCAUCUGGAGGAGGCAGACAGUUCAUGGACUUGCAUCAGAGACAGUUCUUUCUACAACAGUGCUAAAAUUGGACUUUUCACAUUCUUAUAAAUACGAAGCUCACCUGUUGCUUACAAUUUUUUAAUUUUGUAUUUUCUAAGUGUGCAUAUUGUACACUUUUUGGGGAUAUGCUUAGUAAUGCUAUGUGUGAUUUUUUUCUGGAGGUUGAUAACUUUGCUUGCAGUAGAUUUUCUUUAAAAGAAUGGGCAGUUACAUGCAUACUUCAAAAGUAUUUUCCUGUAAAGAGAAAAAAAAAGUUAUAUAGGUUUUGUUUGCGCUCUUUAAUUUUUUUUGGUUGUAUUCUUUGAUGUUAACACAUUUUGUAUAAUUGUAUCGUAUAGCUGUAAUGAAAUCAUGUAGUAUCAAAUAUUAGAUGUGAUUUAAUAGUGUUAAUCAACCUAAACCCAUUUUAGUCACUUUUUUGGGAAAAAUACUGCCAGAUGCCGACGUUCCGUGUACUUUCUCUUGCCUGUUCAGUUAAGGAAAGUGGUGCUCAGUUGUAGAAUGUAUUGUACAGGCACUGACCUUUUAACAACACCUGAUAUGUACAUCCCGUGUAAUAGAGUGGGCAACAAUAAAACAGUGGUCCUGAAGAAAGAAUAUGGCAGAAAAUUAUCUGUAAGCACAGCCUAUUUUCUUCUGUUGUCCCAAACAAAUUAUAGUUCUUUAACCUCCCAGGAAAUUGGAAGCUAAAUAAAACACAAGUUACCUUUAUAUUUGCUUUUUGCGUUUAAUCACAAGCAGUAGCUAUGCAGAUGUGAUGGAGAGUGGGAUCUCGGCACAUGCUUGGGGACUCCCCUCCCACUAAGUAAAGUGAAGAGUUGUGGGGCAGUUUUACUUUCUACAGCCAAUAAGUUAAUGGAACAGCCCGGCAAUUCAGUGAGCUCUUCUUGCUCUUUUCUGGCAAGGUAAGGUAGUGGCAGGCAGCUCCCC